UUGAGCGCUGGACUCUGGUCUAAUGUGGGAAUAGAUAGCAGACCCGGCGGGGCGGGAUACCCACCAGGCGGCCCAUGCUAAGUACCGCUUAAGUGACAGAUGAUGUUCACCAAGGCCCUCCUUGGGCUGACACAUCUGGAAAGGAUAUCGGUUUGGCGGGAAAUAUGCGAGUAGCACAAGAAAUAACAAAUGCAAUUGUGUAGUUUUCCCCCCUAUUUUGUUGUGUUACAAGCAGACUUUUAACCCAGUAUAACAUCGCAAACUUUCAUUCUGUCGGACACAAUAACAAAAUAAUCUUUAAAACUAUUUAAUGAUAAAAAAACUUGAAGUGACCUGAGUUGAAAGGUCAGGUCACUAGUGGUUAGUGGCCUUAGAAAGACCCAGUGCCUAGUCUUGACUCACGCACGAUGGCUCUUCGGAAGUCCACGCGAACGAGGCGUUCUGCUGCGAAAGACGACUUCGAGUAUGGGCCAUGGAGUUUUCCCAGGGCUCGAGUAGAGAGAAGAGAGCCUCGGGAAAACUCCGACCCUUGGCCUAUCAUCGAAGUCGUCUCUCGAGUGGAUGCCAACCAGGUCAUAGUCAAGUGGGCAGGGGACUGGCCCAACAGCGUGGUGGACCUCCGGUUUAAUCCUGAGCUGGAGAAGCAGCUACAGGCAAACUGCUGCCACCCGGGGGUUAAAGUGUUCAAGGAGGAACAGCUACUCUUUCAUGACAAUGAUGAGCUGGCGCUCCUGAAGCAGGGCAUAUUUGACAACCUAAACUACCGGUACACUGCGUCCGUUGAUGAGGGACACCAGCGAAGGGUGACAGUCACCGUACCCUUCUCCGAAAACAACUUCAGGGCCCUGUUCCUCCAGCAGUUAUCGAUGCCACUGUGCAAAGAAUUGCUGGAGGAACAUCCCCUGGAGAACUGUUUCUCCAGACAGAGAGCAAUCAGCUUGCCAUAUGACAAGAUGGAGGAGAUGAACACAAUCCUGGGGAAGAACUGGGAUGUUAGGACCUUCCCUACAAACACGGUGUGCCGUGUCGUCCAGAUAGAUGGGGUGCAUAUCUCGUGGGGGUACAAGAAGAGAGAGACAUUCUCUCACAAGGAAUGCCCAAGGUGCAACUGGGAGGAGAGCUCUGGGUCGGAGCGACCUGACAGUUGCACCCCAAAGCUGUUCUACUUUGUGGGGAAAGCGGAGAUGAACUUCUCCUUCACAAGGCAGAGGGUGCACUGGGAGGCCGCAGAUGAGGCAUGAUGUAACAACUAGAACUAGUCAUCCUCUUC